AUGGCAGGCUGGGAUUUAUUUGGAUGGUUCAGGGACAUUUUGUCAUCCUUAGGUUUGUGGAACAAGCAUGGUAAGCUAUUGUUCUUAGGUUUAGACAAUGCAGGUAAGACUACUCUUUUGCAUAUGUUGAAAAAUGAUAGAUUGGCAACUUUGCAACCAACAUGGCAUCCAACUUCCGAGGAAUUAGCCAUCGGUAACAUCAAAUUCACCACUUUUGAUUUGGGUGGACAUUUACAAGCACGUAGAUUAUGGAAGGAUUACUUCCCAGAAGUCAACGGAAUUGUAUUCUUGGUUGACGCUGCUGAUCCAGAAAGAUUUGAUGAGGCUCGUGUUGAACUAGAUGCUUUGUUCCAAAUCAAGGAAUUGGACAAUGUGCCAUUUGCUGUGCUAGGUAACAAGAUCGACUCUCCAAGUGCUGUUUCUGAAACUGAGUUGAGAGCUGCAUUAGGCUUGAUGAAUACUACUGGACACACUAGAAUUGAGGGCCAAAGACCAAUUGAAUUGUUCAUGUGCUCUGUUGUUAUGAAGUCCGGUUACUCUGAGGCUUUCAAGUGGUUGUCUGAGUACAUUUAA